ACCACCUGGAAGCGCUGCGGCGCCGCUGUGGAGCUUCUUGCGGCGGCGGCCCCCGGAGCGAGUGCCGCGGCGGGGGUAACGGCGACAGCGGCGGCUCCUCCCCGAGCGGGCCGUGGCGUGCGGCCCCGCGAGGAAGGGCAAUUUGAGUGUCUGGAAGCUAGGGAGGGCCACACUCUUGUUGCUUUUACUGUCUCCUGCCACCAUGAGCAGUUGCCCUUCUGCCAUGCCAACCUGCCUUGGAGCCAGCUGAUUAUGGGCAGAAACUUCUGCAAACUGUCCUGUAAACGGCAGCACUACCAUUGUGACUGUAUUGUGGUUUUCCUGCACAGAUACCAAGUUGUGCUAGUGCAGCCAUAUAAAUAAUUAACACGUGAAGUCUCAAUGUGACAUGGAUGUUAACAGCGAUGACAGAUAAACACAGACACUUGGGAAUCAAAUACUAGGCGAAACAUUUUCUACAAGGACUUAAAGAACACAUCUGCAAGAACCUGUCUCUUCUUAAUACUGGUAGAACUCAACUAAAGGAAUUUAAGAGUUUCUAGUAUUCUCCAUGGCUGAAGCUGAGAGUCUGAAACCCUGAUGCUUAAGCUCUAUUCUAGACAUAGCUUCAACUCCUUCAGGAUAUAAGGAAAAGAGAUAAUAUUUCCACAAUGAUAGAUCUUUGGUUAUACAGGUUUCCCAAUGAGUGGAUCAUGAUGACCGUAUUGUAGGGACUUGCCAUAGUAUGGCUGCUUCCCGAUCUACUCGUGUUACAAGAUCAACAGUGGGGUUAAACGGCUUGGAUGAAUCUUUUUGUGGUAGAACUUUAAGGAAUCGUAGCAUUGCUCACCCUGAAGAACUCUCUUCUCAUUCUCAAGUGCGAUCAAGAUCUCCAAAGAAGAGACCAGAUCCUGUGCAAAUUCAGAAAGGAAAUAAUAAUGGAAAAACCACUGAUUUGAAGCAGCAGAGUACACGAGAAUCAUGGGUAAGCCCUAGGAAAAGAGGACUUUCUUCUUCCGAAAAGGAUAACCUAGAAAGGCAGGCUGUAGAAAAUUGUGAGAGAAGGCAAACAGAACCUGUAUCUCCAGUUUUAAAGAGAAUUAAACGUUGUCUUAGAUCUGAAGCACCACACAGUUCAGAGGAAGAUUCGCCUAUCAAGUCAGACAAGGAGUCAGUAGAACAGAGGAGGACAGGAGUGGACAAUGAUGCAGAUUUUCAAGGGACUAAACGUGCUUGUCGAUGUCUUAUACUGGAUGAUUGUGAGAAAAGGGAAGUUAAAAAGGUAAAUGUCAGUGAGGAAGGGCCACUUAAUUCUGCAGUAGUUGAAGAAAUCACAGGCUAUCUGACUGUCAAUGGUGUUGAUGACAGUGAUUCCACUGGGAUAAACUGUGACAACUGUCAGCCUGAUGGGAAUGCAAAGCAAAGUAGUGCUGGUUCCUAUGCAUUGCAGGAGAAAUCAGUAGCUGAAAAUGGGGAUUCAGAAACCCAGACUUCAAUGUUCCAUGAUAAUAGGAGGGACGACAGUUAUAUAGACCAUAACGUGCCUUGCACAGAUUCAGAAGUGCAGGUCAAGUUGGAGGACCACAAAAUAGUAACUGCCUGCCUGUCUGUGGAGUGUGUUAAUCAGCUGACCACUGAGCCAGCUUCAGGCCCCAUUUCUGAAAAUCAGUCAUCUUUAAGGGAUUCUGAGGAGGAAGUAGAUGUGGUGGGAGAUAGCAGUGCCUCAAAAGAGCAGUGUAAUGAAAAUAGCAGUCACGUCUUGGACGCAGAUCUUGAGAGCAUGCCAGUCUCUGGAGAACCAGAACCAUCAUCUGUUCUAGACUGUGUCUCAGCUCAGAUGACAUCUCUGUCAGAACCGCAAGAACAUCGCUAUACCCUGAGAGCUUCACCACGCAGGGCCGCCCCUGCCAGAGCUAGUCCCACUAAAAACAGUUCUCCUUGCAGAGAGAAUGGACAAUUUGAGGAGAAUAAUCUUAGCCCCAAUGAAACAGAUGCAACUGGUAGUGAUAAUGUAAGUGAAUCUCCCACAAAUCCUGAUGAAAUUUCUCAAAAUGAAAAAGUUUUAUGUUGUGACUCUCAGAAAUAUGGAAGUGAAGGACUAAGUAAGCCACCCUCAGAGGGAAGACUCAGUAUCGGACAUAUGCCACCUGCCAAAGAGAGUGCCAAUCCGCACAUUACAGAAGAGGAAGAUGAUGACCCUGAUGUUUAUUACUUUGAAUCAGAUCAUGUGGCACUGAAACACAACAAAGAUUAUCAGAGACUGCUGCAGACGAUUGCUGUCCUUGAGGCUCAGCGCUCCCAAGCCGUCCAGGACCUUGAAAGCUUGGGCAAACACCAGAGAGAAGCACUAAAAAACCCCAUCGGAUUUGUGGAGAAACUCCAGAAGAAGGCUGAUAUAGGACUGCCAUAUCCACAGAGAGUUGUUCAGUUGCCUGAGAUUGUAUGGGACCAAUAUACCAAUAGCCUUGGGAACUUUGAAAGAGAGUUUAAAAAUCGUAAAAGACAUACUAGGAGAGUUAAGUUAGUUUUUGAUAAAGUAGGUUUACCUGCUAGACCAAAAAGUCCCGUGGACCCUAAGAAGGACGGAGAAUCUCUUUCGUACUCUGUGUUGCCUCUAAGUGAUGGUCCGGAGGGCUCCCACAGCCGGCCGCAGAUGAUAAGAGGCCGCCUGUGUGACGACACCAAACCCGAAACGUUUAACCAGCUGUGGACCGUCGAAGAGCAGAAAAAACUUGAACAGUUACUCCUGAAAUACCCUCCUGAGGAGGUAGAAUCCCGACGCUGGCAGAAGAUCGCGGAUGAACUGGGCAACAGGACAGCAAAACAGGUUGCUAGCCGAGUACAGAAGUAUUUCAUAAAGCUAACUAAGGCUGGCAUCCCAGUUCCAGGCAGAACGCCCAACCUAUAUAUAUACUCCAAAAAGUCUUCAACAAGCAGACGACAGCAUCCCCUUAAUAAGCAUCUCUUUAAACCUUCCACUUUCAUGACUUCACACGAACCACCAGUGUACAUGGACGAGGAGGACGACCGCUCCUGCUUUCAGAGCCACAUGAGCACCGCAGCAGGAGAGGCAUCAGAUGAAGAAAGUAUUCCAAUCAUGUAUAGGAAUUUACCUGAAUAUAAAGAACUAUUACAAUUUAAAAAGUUAAAGAAGCAGAAACUUCAGCAAAUGCAAGCUGAAAGUGGAUUUGUUCAGCAUGUGGGCUUCAAGUGUGAUAACUGUGGCGUAGAACCUAUCCAGGGUGUUCGGUGGCACUGUCAGGAUUGUCCUCCAGAGAUGUCUUUGGAUUUCUGUGACUCUUGCUCAGACUGCCUACAUGAAACAGAUAUUCACAAGGAAGAUCACCAACUAGAGCCUAUUUAUAGGUCAGAGACAUUCUUAGACAGAGACUACUGUGUGUCCCAGGGCACCAGUUAUAAUUACCUUGACCCAAACUACUUUCCAGCCAACAGAUGACAUGGCAGAGCGCAUCCUCACUAGUCCUCUUCGACACAUAGCAAUGGUAUCAUUGUUGAUGAUGUGCAGUUUGGAAAGGGCCUCUGCUUUUCCUGAAUGACACUCACAGCAUGAGCGCUUCCCGAGUGUUCUCGUCCAGCCCAACUCUGCCCCACGUGGCUCUCCAACCCUGUUCAGCAGCCGAGCGAGCGUCUGGUGAGCAGAGGGUUCCCUGGUGAAGCUCCCGCCGCCUGAGCCUGGAAACGGCGGUCUAGGUGGGCUAGACGGAAGCGAGAGCACACAUUCAUGUGAGAGCAAAUCCCAAAGGUUUCAGAGAACUUGGUCAUAACUAUGGAAACAAGACAAAGUAUUUAUAUUCAAACACUUUAGUAGCUUUCAGUUUUGUGAAAAUAGUUUUCAGCACAGAAACUGACUUCUUUAGACAAAGUUUUAACCAAUGAUGGUGUUUGCUUCUAGGAUCUAUACUCUAAAAGAACUCACUGUCCAGUGGUCAUUGACGGCCUUUAGUAAAUUGGAGCUGCUUAACCAUAUCGAUACCUAAUUUCUUUUAACCACAAUGAACUGUCCUUGUUGUCAACAGCAAAGCACUACAGGAGGCAACUGUGGCAUUGCUUCUUAACCAGCUCAUGGUGUGUGAAUGUUAUAAAAUCGUCACUCAGAUAUAUUUUUUAAAUGUAAUGUUAUAUAAGAUGAUCAUGUGAUGUGUACAAACUAUGGUGAAAAGUGCCAGUGGUAGUAACUGUGUAAAGUCUCUAAUUCACAACAUUAUUAAUUCCUUUAAAAUACACAGACUUCUGCCUCUGUAUUUGGAGUUGUCCGUGCAACUCAUCAAAGAAAACUGCCUAAUAUAAAAAUCAUAUAUAUGGUAAUAAUUUCCCUCUUUUGUAGUCUGAACAAGAUCCAUAAAAGAUUGUAUUUUUAUUACUAUUUAAACAAGUGAUUAAAUUUAGUCUGCACAGUGAGCAAGAGUUCACAUGCAUUCUUUUAUACUGCUGGAUUUUGUUGUGCAUCAUUUAAAACAUUUUGUAUGUUUCUUCUUAUCUGUGUAUACAGUAUGUUCUUGAAUAAUGUUCCUUUGUCAGGAGAACUGUGAGAAAUAAACUAUGUGGAUACUGUCUGUUUAUAUUAUA